GCAUUUUAAUCUAAUACGGUGUAAACGCAGAUGGCGACAAAUAUGAGAUGUCAAGGAGAAGUGACACGUAGACAAGUCGUUACGCCGUGAGGUCAGCGUCCUAUGUCGAGGUGGACGCACAUACCCUCCACGUGUAUGCCACAGAGAGCGAGUGGGAAUAGCUGUGAUAUACUCGCGCGCUUGACACUGAUGCUCAAAACCGGAGCAUUCAAUGCCAGUGAGCCUUUUCACCUCUCACACGAAACAUAACUCGUUUUUUUUUUCCCUCCCUCUAUUCACGGGGCUUUGUUAAUUGCUCACACCAAUUUGUCUUUCGCACAUUGCGGUUUAGUUCCUCCGUCUCGGCCACUUACUCAUCGAUAUCGAUGUUACGUUGUAGUGAGGAAUUCAACGCCGAGUUUCCUUCACCCGAGUGAUUCAUUUUCAGGGAUAAUCGAAAUAGAGGAUUCUGGGUAUAUUUGUUUUCGUGAUUCUGGAUUUUUAGCCCCGCCCCGUGAAUCGGGGAGAUGUCUGGGUUCGUGGGUGUUGUCGUUUCGGAUCCAUGGCUACAGAGCCAGUUCACGCAAGUCGAACUUCGGACUCUCAAUUCCAAGUUUGUAUCGUCGAAGAAUCAGAGUGGAAAGAUCACCACAGAAGAUCUCCCUCCUCUCUUGGCAAAGCUGAAGGCAAUUAAUGCAACGUUUAAGGAGGACGAAAUCAGGGUGAUUCUAGAAGAAUUGGGUUCUGACUCAAGCAGUGAUGUGGGAUUUGAAGAGUUUCUCAAGAUAUAUCUUAACUUACAAGGGAAAGCAGCUGAGAAGUCUGGUGGUCAUAAGAACUCGUCCUCGUUUCUUAAUUCUAGUACAACGACACUUCUUCACACUAUAAACCAGUCAGAGAAGGGAUCUUUUGUUCAACACAUCAACAGAUAUCUUGGGGAUGACCCCUUUCUGAAGCAGUUCCUUCCUCUUGACCCUGAUUCUAAUGAGUUGUAUGAACUCGUGAAAGAUGGUGUACUUCUGUGUAAGCUCAUAAAUGUAGCAGUUCCCGGGACAAUAGAUGAACGAGCGAUCAACACGAAGAAGGUACUUAAUCCAUGGGAGAGAAAUGAGAAUCACACACUUUGUCUCAACUCUGCUAAAGCUGUUGGAUGCACCGUUGUUAAUAUAGGGACACAGGACCUGGCCGAAGGACGGCCUCACCUGGUGCUUGGAUUGAUUUCACAACUCAUAAAGAUUCAACUACUUGCUGAUCUCAAUUUAAGGAAGACGCCUCAGCUUGUUGAGUUGGUUGAGGACAGCGAUGAUGUUGAGGAGUUUCUGAGAUUACCCCCUGAGAAAGUCUUACUGAAAUGGAUGAACUUCCAUCUUAAGAAAGGGGGUUACAAGAAAACUGUCUCAAACUUCUCUUCGGAUUUGAAGGAUGCACAAGCCUAUGCUUACCUGCUCAAUGUUCUCGCACCUGAACACUGUGACCCGGCUACACUAGAUGCAAAGGAUCCUCUUGAGAGGGCUGAAAAUGUUCUCAAUCAUGCAGAGAGAAUGAACUGCAAGCGAUACUUGACUGCUGAAGAGAUUGUUGAAGGAUCUCCAACUUUGAAUCUCGCGUUUGUGGCACAAAUAUUCCAUGAAAGGAAUGGUCUAAGUACCGAUGGUAAGUAUUCAUUUGCGGAGAUGAUGACCGAAGAUGUACAGACUUGUAGAGAUGAACGAUGCUAUCGUCUAUGGAUCAACAGCCUCGGGAUUGACAGUUAUGUCAAUAAUGUGUUUGAAGAUGUUAGAAAUGGAUGGAUUCUUCUGGAAGUGCUUGACAAGAUCUCUCCUGGGUCAGUGAACUGGAAGCAUGCUUCAAAGCCGCCGAUUAAGAUGCCAUUUAGAAAAGUAGAGAACUGCAAUCAAGUCGUAAAGAUUGGGAAAGAGCUGAAAUUCUCACUCGUAAAUGUAGCUGGAAAUGACAUAGUUCAAGGGAACAAAAAGCUCAUUCUUGGUCUCUUGUGGCAGUUGAUGAGAUUUCAUAUGCUCCAACUUCUCAAGAGUCUCAGAUCGCGGACACGAGGUAAAGAAAUGACUGAUGCAGAUAUCCUCAGCUGGGCCAACCGGAAAGUAAGAACUAUGGGGCGAAAAUCGCAGAUAGAGAGCUUCAAGGACAAGAGUCUAUCAAACGGGCUAUUCUUCCUCGACCUUCUAUGGGCGGUUGAGCCAAGAGUUGUAAACUGGAAUCUUGUCACCAAGGGUGAAACAGAUGACGAGAAGAGGCUGAAUGCUACGUACAUAGUCAGCGUAGCAAGAAAGCUGGGAUGUUCGGUUUUCUUGUUGCCUGAAGAUAUCGUGGAGGUGAAUCAGAAGAUGAUCCUAAUCCUAACGGCGAGUAUAAUGUACUGGAGUCUUCAGAAACGCUCAUCGGAGAGUUCGGAUUCACCGUCAAGUCAGAGCACAAGCACAGACGCGUCCCCUGCUCCGUCUGUCACCGGAGAGGACGAAGUUUCCUCAUUGAGCGGCGAAGUCUCUAGCUUGGCCGUUGAUGACAACGAUGCUGAUGCGGUUUCCGACAUCACCACAGUCUCAGAGGAGACACCCAACGAAUAAAGAGAUGGAGAAACGAAUAUCUCUUGCGAGAGAAAAGUAGCUUUUGUUAUACGUACCAACUACUCUGUAACCUGUAUGUGUGUCUUGCGCAUUCUGCCUCCUUAGAGAGAUGCCUAUAGGAUAGUUUCCCGUCUUCAGGCAGAGAGUUACUACACAUCUCCAAAUGUUGCCUUUACUGUACAGUGUCGUGAUUUUGGUAAAGCCUCGUGCAUAGCUGAGUUGAUGAAUAUUACAGAAGCCUAAUCGAUAAAACUUAGGUUAUUAAAAAAACACCUCCAAAUUUCGGUAUCUCAAC